AUGACGGCUAACCCCCCGCCUGUCGAUCUGUUCCCAGAACUAUGGACCAUAAUCUUGACGAACGCAGAUCGCGCCACUGCCUGUCAGCUUGCCUCAUCAUCUUCAUCCCUCCGCAGGAUUGGGAUUCCCGUUCUAUUCGACAGAAUCACAGUGGAAUACGACGAUCAACGCUCUAUACACGCACUCCGUUCAGUCCUCCCCGCAGCGCGUACUGUCGAGCUUCGUGAUCUGCCUUGCUCUCUUACGACCAUGCUCUUCAUCUCUGGCCUGCCCUUUCUAAAGACUCUGAUAUUUGCGCCUGGCAUCUACAUCGAUGCUCCAGGGGAUGAAUAUCUGGCUUUGGUCCUAUGGCUUCGUGCAGCCCCUAAUGUGCAAUACCUCGCUCUGGAUCUUGAUCAUAUGAGCAGACGGGAACUGAUAUCUGCGCUGUUGCUAGCUCCCAAUUUGCGCAAGCUCCUCAUGAUCAAUGGACGUGCUUGGACUACUGGCGGGAUAAUCGUGGCAGACCCGUCAUGUAGUUGGCCUCAUCUAGAAGAGCUGAUCUUCAGGGAAGGCAUAGAAUUAAGCUUAAUCGAAGGUCUGACGCCCGGAAAUCAUUUCCCAGCGUUGAGGACCUUACGCUUGAUUCGUCACUUCCUCAUUCGCUCCUCGGCCCCACUCGAUCACUUGCUCGCUGCCUCGCAAAGCACCCUGACGCGACUGCAUUUGGACCCGCUUAUGGCCAUGGUCAUCAUGGGGAAAGCCGAUCAACCUCUCGGUAUCAUGGCCAAAUUGAUGCCGCUCACCUACAACGUCAGUUUUCCCUGUCUCCGGGAGCUACGAGUUUCGAUGGACGAAGACGGAGAUGAUCGCUCUGCGCAGCUUCGCGCUGUAGAGAGACUGAUGCGUGGCCUUACAGUACACACAAACGCUCCGAUACGUCUGCUUACUUUGGAGGUCAAGGUAUCCGUCCUUCUGAGCAAGUCCUUUGCUACUGCUCCUAGCCGCCAACACGAUCGGUGGCAAGACGUGUAUGGUCUCGACCAGACCAUAGAACGAGAGUUCUGGGCGCAGUUUGUACAGGAAGCACUGCCGUCCCAGUGUAUCGUCGAGUUCUUGUUCGCAGUGCGAAGAGUUUUGACGCCGGAUAUGCUCGUUAUUGGGCCACCCCGUGACUGGCCAGAGGCUGUACGUGAGAAGGUCAGGGAUCGCAUGCAAGAGUACGCUGGGAUAACGCCGGUGGUAACCCUGAGGCUCGAGUGUGAGACGUGGGACCGCCUUGAUAUGUGGCGACGGCAGGCUGAUUCCUUGGACCUAUACCCUUCACGUUCAGAGCUUGGUGGCGAGUUAUUCGAUGCGGGGAUCGAGGAAGAAAGCGAAGGUCUCCCCGAUUACGAAGAGAUCAACGUUGAAGACUACUUCCCCAGUACCAACUACCGCGAUGUGGCUGUCGGUCAGGCCUGA